GAGCUUGCUAUUGCUGACGUGAUGAACUCAUCCAAACAUGUUUGGUGCAAAUGGCAUGUUUUAAAAAAGAUGAGGGAGAAAGUAGGGAGCAUGUACAGGAAUGGCACUCCUUUUAGGAAUGAUUUCAACAUUCUAAUAAAUGAGAUGAUGACAGUUGAAGAGUUUGAAAAGGAAUGGCAGGAGAUCAUGACACAUUAUGGACUUGAAACAAACUCAUUUUUGCAUCAGGUUUAUGAUUGUCGUUUCAAAUGGGCCAAGCCUUAUCUCAAGGGAGACUUCUGUGCAAAAAUGUGUAGCACACAAAGAAGCGAGUGCAUGAACAACCUGCUCAAGUGUUAUGUCUCCAGGUCGGCACCAAUAAACAUAUUUUUUCAACAGUACACAAAGAUGCUUGCCGACAGAUGUGAAGAGGAAGACUUUGAAAUCGCUCACUCAAAGAAGGAUGGGAAGGUAAUAAGAACAAACUUUCUAAUAGAGAGACACGCAGCUAAAAUCUACACAAGGGGCGUGUUCAAGCUGUUUUCACUGGAAUUGUAUCAGUCCGGUUCAUUCAUUCUUAGGGGAAAUCAGGUGGAUGGGAGAAUCACAUUGGAGCAUGCUGAUGCAGAACAAAGGCAGCGUUGGUGCAAAGUUGUUUAUGAUGUUAUUGUUGACAGGGAGAGCGACACUUUCAAAUGUGAGUGUGGAAUGUUUGAGCACUCUGGACUGCUUUGUCGACACGUACUGAAGGUAAUGAUACACAUUGGCGUCCGCCAAAUCCCAGCUAGGUACAUUCUGAAGAGAUGGACCAAAGACGCUAGAGAUAAUAUGCCAGAUCACCUAAAGUGUUAUCAGAAAGAUGCGAGCAUCCAGGUGUCGAAGACUUUCAUGCACAACAUAAUGUACAUCAAGGCAUUGGAGAUAAUAAAAUUGGCUGACAGGGGUGUGGUUACUUCCCAGCAUGCUAUAAUGGCAUUUGAUAAAGUGAAGAAUGAUCUUGAAAAGAUUAUAGCAGCGGAAAUUACAAAGGAACAAGCUUCUAAUGACCAAGGCAAUGCAGGUCAACCAAGCAAAGAGCCAACACAGGAAACAACCCGAGGAUUCAAAGAAAAUCAGACCACACCUACAGAUAAUCAACAAACAGAUGAAGGAUUGCAGAACGAAAUGGGGAACAUGUUCUCACAAGGUUCUCAAAGUUGUUUACCACCAGAAAAGAGAUCAGCAAAAGGAAGACCCAAAACGAAGCGUUUCAAGUCAGCAGCUGAGGGUGCAUCAAGCAAUAGCACAAGGAAGUGUGCGAUAUGCGGAUCUAGAGACCAUUUCACAAGGUCUUGCCCUUGCCACCUUGUUGGUGCAGUAACAUCAAGCGAUUCCGAGGGAGAUGAUGCCUUACCAGUCCACACAGAUGCGGUUGAAGAAACAGAGCUCAACCAACAAAGCCAGACUGGGGAACAAAUUAGGACCACCGAAAACAAGAAAACUCCUCAAUCAGCACAGAGGAGGUGCAAGAAAUGCGGUCUGCCUGGCCAUUACACUCCUAAAUGCCCAAAAUUCGAUGGCCCGAAAAAGCCACCAAAAGAGGUGACAUGCAAGAAAUGUCGCCUUGGAGGUCACUAUUCAUCGACUUGCGGAGGGAAUUCCUCAUACAAGAGAAUGCGUUAAUUUUGAAAAUGGGGUUCAGGUGAAAUAUCACUUCUAAAUUCUAUUUUCACCUAUUGUAGUUUCAUUUGUAUUUCUUUUGUGUCAAGACAUUCAUGUAUUCAUUAUUAUGUCAUUUGGGAUUAUUUUGAUUGUUUCACAAUUUAUGAAGUGUGUG